AUGCUUUUUGACUUCAUCAGGUCAGAUGUGAUAGAAAACGAGAAAGUCGUAAGGCUGUCUGAGAUGACGCAGUUACUUGUACAGUAUCUAAUGUCAUUAGAAGCUAAGGAAUGUAAGCCAUCAACAAAGAAGCAUAUCAAAAGGAACAUUGAAGCAGAAUUCAAUGAGUUGAUCAAGUUUGAAAACUUGCUAGACAACAACCGUGUAUUCCUAAUCCCUGCUACCAUAACACCAGUGCAAAUCGCCAGAAAUGUACUAAAUAUCCUUAUGGCAGAAAAAGAAGACAAAGGCUCAACAACAAAGAUCUCAAAUAUUCAGAAAGCUGCAGCUGACAUCCACGAUGCAAUUCGAAACGAAGAAAGCAAAAUGUCAUGGCCACCGCGCCCUUCAGAGCUCAAUGACAGCGCCAUGGAGGUCCCUGAAGAGCUAAGUGCGUUUUUGUUUACCUUGCUAACUGGCAACAAAGAUUCGUCGGAGGGAGAAUGUUGUCAGAGAGUCCAGCGGUUGAUGAAGUCGUUCGCGCAAGACCUAGUAUUUGGAGUAACCAGAGGGAGGAUUAAGCCGCCUAAACAAGUUCUUCUCUCGUAUGCUGUAAAAACUCUCACAAACAAUGUUGAGCUAGUGUCUAUACUAAACCGUUAUGGUCAUGGUAUUUCUUAUUCCCAGCUUGAAGAAAUUAACACUGCUCUUUGUAUGCAGAAAAUGGCAACAACAACAAGUGAAAUUCCUCUACCUGUCAAUAUACAACCUCAUGUUAGUACCACAUUAGCAUGGGAUAAUAUUGACAGACUAGAAGAGACUCUUUCAGGUGAAGGCACUUCACACCGUGUAAAUGGCAUAGCAGUGCAGGCGAGACAUUUUGGCCCCCAUCCCCUUACUGAGCAGCCACCUGGGAUCACUAAAAGUAAGCAAAGGAGUGUUGAACCACUUGAUGUUGUUGCUCUACCCAUUUAA